AUGCUAGAUCCUCUGACUUGUCUAAGCCUCGCGUCAAAUAUUGUCCAGUUUGUCAGUUUCACCAGCGACUUGAUCUCCAAGAGCCACCAGAUAUACAAAUCGACUACUGGGACCUUGAUUGAAAACACCGAGCUUGAAGCAAUCACACUAAAUUUAGAAUCUAUCAGUAAAGGCUUUGUCCUGCAACCUCCAAAGGGAACCUUCAACAAAUUUGAGACCGAUGAGGCACUAUACAAUCUCAGCAAAGAUUGCCAGCGAGCUUCCCAAGACCUGCUCAACGGUCUGCAUAAGUUGAAAUCGGGUGAAGAGAGAAUAAGCGACCUGAUCCUCCACAAUAUCAACAAAACGAGGUUGUUGGAGGCAGAUUUCAUCGACACCACUUAUCGAAGUAACUGGCAGUCCCAGAACGAGAACGAUGUCCUCCAUUUCUCGGCCAAGCUGUCCGACACCGCCGAGAAAGAAAAGGAUCGAAAAAUCCGCUGCAUGAUCCUGGACCAACUACGCUUCUCACACAUGGUGGAUCGCUAUGAGAGUAUACCGAAAGCCUUGUUUGGCUCCCUAGUUAUAGACAGCAAUCCAACGCAGUUAGGCCCGUCACACAUAAUCCCUCAUGAGGAGGCUUACCACAAGUGUGGCAGGUGUGGCAUACUGUGA